GUUGCCUGAAGUACAGUGUUUGUUGGUUUGGUACAACAACUAUUAGUUUUCAGAGUAUAUAUUUUCAUAAUUUUAUGAAUAUGAGUAUCUCAUGUGAUACUCAUCCUGAGUUUCUCAUCAUUUCUAAUGUUUGUUUCCUUAACAUUCCACAAUUCAAUUAAUGAAUUGUGUCCCUUAUCAACGAAGCAACUGUUAGUCUAUACGUCCGUGCUGAGAGCUCAUCAAAAUGGCAAAAAUGGAUAAAGAAAGAUUCUCCUUGCUUUUAUUGGAGCCAGGGGAGUACUAUUUUGAAGAUUUCAGUGUGUUUCUGGAACCUGAGAAGCAAGACUCACUUGAAGAUCUUCAAUUUGGUCGACUAAGAGUUUGCUCCAAAUCACUCGUGUUCGAUCCAAAAAAUAACUCUGACCCGAUCAUUAAAAUCCCACUCAAGGACUGUGUAGAUAUUAAAAGUGAUAAAGGGAGAGUAGACAGUAACCAAAGAAUAAUUGUUGACUGCUCUUCAUUUGUUGAAAUGCUUGAAGGCAAUGUUUUAGCACCGUAUACAUUUAAAAGUCUGCGCAGAAAAUUUUAUUUUACUCUCCUGUAUGCUAAGGUAGAUGAUUGUUUACCUCACAUCUCUCAACUUCUGCGCGCAUCAUCUCUUCCCAUAGCAGAGCAGAAUCAAAUGAUAGCGGCAAUCGCUUAUGCUCGGCAGUGUCGCGUGAAAUUCAAGCCCAUAUGGCUGGAAGACAUGUUCGAAAAGAUAGUGUUGGAGACCAUUGGGAAUAAAAUCACACCACUAGUUGUGAAUCCUGGUCGCAUAGUCCUCUCCUCUAGUAAUUUGUAUUUUCAGCCUUUCAACAACAUGGAGCCACAUGACGUACUCAAAAUUCCCUUGUCGGACAUAUCAAGAAUCAUCCGUCGCAGAUUUCUCUUGCAACAAGUGGGUAUUGAAAUCUACUGUAAGGAGACCUGUUCAGUCAAACACUUGUAUCUGUCUUUUAAAACUUGUGGAGCAAGAGAUACUCUCUACAAUUGUCUUCUAGAUCAACCAGAACUUCGGCUUAGUCAUGCAGAUCAGGAAGUAAUGACACUGCAAUGGCAAAGCGGCGCUCUCUCCAAUUAUGAUUAUCUUCUUUAUUUAAACAGUUUAGCAGAUAGAAAUUUUAAUGACCUCACUCAGUAUCCUGUCUUUCCAUGGGUCAUUGCGGACUAUACUUCAACAAAAUUAGACUUGAAGAAUCCGAAAUCUUUUAGAGAUCUCACAAAACCUAUAGGUGCUUUGAAUCCUGAGCGGCUCAGUAGACUAAAGGAGCGCUAUAAUGAGAUGCCGAAUCCCAAGUUCCUGUACGGAUCUCAUUAUUCAACUCCAGGAUUUGUUUUAUUUUAUUUGGUGAGAAAAUACCCUCACUAUAUGUUGUGUCUUCAAAAUGGUCGCUUUGAUCAUCCUGAUAGAAUGUUUAACAGUAUCCCAGACAUGUGGAGAAAUGUACUAACUAAUAUGUCUGACUUCAAAGAGCUAGUUCCUGAAUUUUAUGAUUCCUCACAAGAAGGCGACUUUUUAGAAAAUCGUUUCGGAAUCCACUUUGGUUAUAGGCAUGAUGGAAGUCGUGUAAAUGAUGUUGCGUUACCUCCAUGGGCUUCUGGACCAAAAGAUUUUGUCACAAAGCUUCGGAGUGCGUUGGAAUCUGACUACGUCUCAGCACAUUUACAUCACUGGAUUGACCUAAUUUUUGGGUACAAACAAACAGGUGUUGAAGCUGAGAAAGCAAAUAAUUUGUUUUAUUACUUGUGCUAUGAGGGAGCGGUCGAUUUGGAAUCAAUAACCGAUUGGAAUCAGAGGCAUGCCCUGGAAGUGCAGAUAAUGGAGUUUGGUCAAAUACCAAAGAAAGUUUUUUCAGUUCCACAUCCUCCUCGCUCCACUACCAACAUCUCUAGUAUUACAUCCAACAUUACACCUUGCCCAGGUAUCACGCAAGCAAAUGGUUAUUGGGGAAGUGUUGAAACUCUGAAACCGUGUUUGAAAGCCCUUACGCACAGAGAAGCUGUGACAAGUACAGCACUGACAUCAGAUGCCCGACUUGUACUGUCUGUUGGAAGAGACACAGUUCUUAAAAUGACAAAUGUAGCAAGUGGAAAACUGGAGCGAAGCAUCAUUCUUUCUUCAAUGACUCUUUCAUCUGUUAUUAUUCUCCCUGACGACCUGACAGUUAUUGUUGGAUCGUGGGAUAGCACAAUCAUUGUUUAUGAUAUUAAAUGUGCCCGUACUAUUGACACAAUUCAUGGUCAUGAAGAUGCAGUCUCUUGUAUCGGCUGGAACCAAGAGCGGAAAAUUCUCAUCACAGGUUCAUGGGACUGUUCGGUACGGAUUUGGCAGGCGCAGUAUCCAUGGUCACCAAUCAAAGCGGCUUCGACACGUCUUGCCAACCUGGACCAUGAUUCACGCGUGAAGUGCCUCAGUAUCUGUGAAACUUUAGUUGCAAGUGGAACUGAGGACGGUGAGCUGUUUCUGUGGUCUCUUGACUCUUUUCGUUUGGUCAAAGAGCUUCCAUCUCAUUUUGCUGCCGUGAAUGACAUCUGUUUCAGCCCGGAUGAAACAAAACUGAUAUCAUGCUCUAAUGAUCAGUGGUUCAAAGUGUUUGAUCUCAGCUCCGGGCUCGAGGUUUAUGCUAAGAUGCUCGAGCAAGAAUUGAUGUGUCUGGCAUGGGAUGGGCUUAAUCUCCUUAUUGGAGAUACGAUUGGGGCCUUGUAUGUCUUUGAUUUGAAGACCGCUACGAUUAAAGAUAAAAUUGAAGCGCAUAAAGAGGCAAUCCUCACUUUGGCUGCAUCACCAUGUAAGCCAGUAGUCGUGUCUGGUGGCGAGGAUCAUAGAGUCAUAAUAUGGGACCGAAUAAUUGCUCACUAGUUAAUUUCAUCUCAAUAACCAUUUGAGUAAUUUUUUUUCCAUAUCUGUUUAAACAGACUAUUCAUUUAUGCGGUCAAAUUAAUGAGUCCUGAUUUGUUUCAAGUAUCUGAGGAUGUUAAGUGGUAGCCCAAUAGUAGGAGGGAAAGAAAUAACCCUUUUGUUGGUUUUUUUAUCUUUCAAAUUGAAUUAUUACGUGUCGAAACUCCUUAAACAAAACAAUUUAUCUUGUCUUAAGCAAUGGGUCAGUUGAGUCCUUUUUCUUUUUGGUAUGUGUCAUUCAAAAGUUUUAAGUGAUCGUAGUUUACUUUUUCAGAACGACAACUGGGAGAAAAAUGCAAAAAAUUAGGGUAGCGGAAAAAGGGGUUUGAACUGCGCGCCCUUUGAUUUUUAAUUUAUGCGUCACAAUGAGAAAGAACUUAUAAGAAAGAAUACACUGCGACAUCGACAAGUGUUAUUGAUCUGCAGAAAGUUAAGACUAGGUUGUGAGAUUUUGACUAAUUCAGCUGUCAGCUAAGGUAUUUAUCGGAUUUCCUCAUUGCUGCAUUCACUAAGAUCCUUUCUUUCAAAAUGUUUAAAGAUUAUUCAAACCCCAAAAAACUAACCUAACUUUGAAUGAGAUGUCAAUAAUGAUUUGAAUGGCAGCAUUAAAAGUAGUUAGUAAAUAAGCAAGCAGCAUCCUCCCCCUCCCUCCCUCAUUUCUCUAUCUGUAAUGCGUAAAUUUAAAUUGUGAUGGCGGUAAUGAAUGGGACGCUUUUUUUUAUGAUGAAUUUUUGGUAUGAUUUUGUGUGUGAUUUCACCAUACACAUCGUUUUUCUUUCGAAAACUCUGUAAAUCAACUAUAUCCAGCCCAAUCCCUCCCAAAGUCAACUGACUUAUUUAUACAUAAACUUCAUACGUAGUAGCAUGGUUUAAUUGUCAGUGCCGCCAAAAAUAAUUGUGUGAACUCAAUGGAUACCCUUUGAUGCUUGUGAGCAUGUGGUUUUUUUUAAAAAAAAACUGGACUGCAUGGAUUGAAGCUCAUCAGGUGUCAAUUUACCAUUAUAUGUUUUCUCGUCUAAGCUCAGUUGCACAGAAAAGUUGAGUAUCUUAUACAGUUCAUUGCAUUGUUUUCUCCCAAGUUGUUGUUUUGUAAACGAAACUUUUUCCAACUUUUUUGCUCAUUUAGAUUGGUUAAUAUCUCCAAGUGCGAGUAGGGGUUUUUGAUAUAUCCUUAGCACCCGAGACUUGAAUAGAAUUACCCUUUGAUUUAUUAAAACCUUUCGGUUAUUGAAGUUAUCACUGUAGCAGUCACUUACCUAAAAAUUUUUUACACCAGCGUCCGGGCAAAUGAUAAAAGAAUGAAACAAAAAAACGUAAAGAAUGUAAAUAUUUGAAUAAUGAAGUUUUAGAACUUUAGUCUCUUAGACUCUAAGUUUUUUUUGUUAUUUUGAAAGAAGAAACCAUUAAUUUAUCUCAUAUGAAAACUAUUUAGAAAUCAUAGGUCAAGAACUGUAGACGCGACUCAUGGAAUUGGGCUGCAUUUAUACCAUAUUAUGUCAGAAACUUGGGAGUUUUCUAAAUAUAUACUGUUUUCAGAUGGUAAAUUAUCCCUGGCGUAAUGAAGUUCUUCCUAGUUCAAAGGAUUUGUUAAAUCCAACUCAAAAGAAUUUAGAUCUUAAAAAAAGGGAAAUAUUAGGCUGAAACUUCUUCAUUUGCGGAGGAAAUGGAUUGAUGAUUUUUCCCCCUUUUCUCUCACCCCCUGUAAUUCCAAUAUCAGCCUAUCAUUCUGUGCAAAUUUUUGCCUUCGUCCGAACCAAAUUCACAAGCCUUGUAGAUGUCUCUCCCUGCAUACCCUUUAACUAAAAUAGAAAGGGUGAUUCUCUGUCAAUGAUCCCUCACUCUCAUGUCAACAGAUGCUAAGUCUUUGAUCCAGCCAAUUUAAGUGAGUCCCUGGCACUUCAUUAAAUGUUGGAACCACCCAGUGAGAGCAGUAAAUUUUUGGAUUUAAGUUGUCAGUGUAAAAAUCAGCCAGUGUGCUCUUGUCUGUAACUCUUGUCAGUUUCAGAAGUCGUAGAGCAGGCCCACAAUCUUUUUGCUGGACCGAUAAAACGUAAUGUUGUCUCUGGAAAAACUCUGUGAAGAAGAAUGUUCUAUGGCGACAAUUUUCACAUGGUUUCUCUGGAGAGUUUGGGUAAUACUUGGAAAAUAAAUGUAUCCAGAAAAACGUCAUCAUGGGAUGUGACUGGAAUAAUUGAAAAACAUUCACAGGCCAUUUUUUGAGAAUCUUCUCAGUUUAUGUUGCUUGAACCCUUCCCCUGUAAAUCAUUUUGUUUUCCAGUAAAACUUUAUAUCUAUUGAUUAACGUGUUUAUUUUUAACUUAAAUUUUUAAGUGUUGAAGUUUGCAUUAAGAUGUUUUAUUGAUAUUUUUCUGAACCUGCCGUAUUUUUAUAUUGAUUGUAUUUUUUGAACUAUCUCAUUUUUAACUAAUAGGUCUCCAGAAGCUCCAUGUACUUAUGAUGAUAACAUAUUCUUUAUCGUAUUGUGAUAAUUUUUUCAUCAGCGCUUCCUUUCAUAUCAUGGGCUGGUUUUACCCCUCUCCAGUCUUAUAAAAUUUGUAAUUCAUAGAAUGGAUAAUUGCGGUAAGUUUUGUGAACUAGCAUUUUAAGAACUAUUAGUUUUCAAUGUAAAUGUUACUCAAAUCAAAUGGCUCAUUUCAUUUCAUUUCAUGUUAUUUACAUGAAGUUCGUCUCUUUCUCUUGCAAAAAAAUGUUUUUAUUUCAUUUUGGGUCUCGUCUAGCAGCUGAGUUAAGUUUCUGUUAUUACCUAAUCGUGCGUAAAGCUUCAACUUCCUUUAAACCUCACAUUUAUACUCACAUGAUGCGUUUUUUCACUUGAUCAAGUUUUGAUUUUCAUCUUUUACCAUGAUGGAAAAAAUAGAAAUCUCUAUCUGAGAGAUAGAGAUGUUCUCUAAAAUAAGCAAAGAUGAGCAGUAAUUCGAUAUUUUAAAUGAGAUUAAUCACUUGAAGUACAGUUCGACCUGUCAUUCGGAUGUAAAAAUAUGCAUGUGUAAUAACUGGGUCAUAAAUCUGUAUCAGCAGCUCCGUAAUGAAAGAUAGGUUUUUUAAUGACUCUCAUUCUCUGAUGAAGGAUGUAUACCUGAACUUGAUCAUCCUCAGGUCAUAGAUUUACGAUAUGUUUGGCAGGGCAACUCGCAUUUUGAUGACAAGCGAUGAUUUUUUGAAAGGAAAACUCACUCUUUUGAGGUUCUACUGGACCAAAUUCAAUGUUGUAUAACUCAAUAAAAAGUCGAGAGGGUGCGAGUGGUUUUCAGAUAUUUUUUACUGAUUGUCUCUUCCUAUAAUAAUUUAGGAGAUGUGAAAUCUUGAAAUUUACUUUUUAAACGACUUUCAUUAAUAAACAAUACUCCAUCUCUGGAUAAUACUUUGAUUUCUUUUUUUUGUAUGGAAGUUCCUGUAGAAAUUCUCCCUAAAAUGAAUAUAUUUUUUUGAUUAGUGUGAAUGUGAUAAAGUACCUACUACACCUCAAGUUUCAGGAGGUAGCAAAAAUUAAUUUUUGCCUUAUAGUUUUAUUUUUGGUGUAAUUUCCGUAGGAAAUACAAUAUUGCGUUUUAAAGUUGUUUUAUCAUUAUUAUAUUGUUUCAGUUUUCUAGUCGUAUUAAGUAAUCUUUAUUAUUUUAGUUUUAAAUGCCCUUGUACCUUGUUAUUAACAAAUUCUUCCCAAUUAAAUUCUCAAGAGAGAAACUGUCAAAAAUUGAAAUGCUCGUUUCAAUGUUGACUUCUGAUGUUGGUCUUUCAAAUAUUUUACAGUUUGGUAGGUAGUUUUUGUCAGUGGUGAACUUGAAAAUUGUAAAAAUCACACUUGAAACCAUGCAGUUCAAAUUAGUCGUUGAAUGAGGAAAUUCAUGUUUUCUUUUUUAUUGAAUUUCAUUUUGAAGUAAUUUUACAUUUUUUGUACGUUUUUAAUAUUUCCUGCUCAAUUUUUUUGGCUUUAAAGCUCUCUCAACAAGUCCUGUAUCUUUGUAAGCUCUUUAUGAAUGAUCUGCUUUGUGAAUGAAAACUGUUAUCUUCCUGGAUGUUUCAACUUCACUGUGAGAUAUUUUUCAUUAAAAUUACCUGUAUAGUUGACAAUUGAAUUUAUAAAUAUUUCUGUUUCAUCUCUUCAGGAAAAUUAAUUGUCAAGGCACAAAAUAAAAUUGUUUUUACUCAGUUUA